UAUGAUAGUUGAAGACAAACAAAAAUCAAAUGAUGAAAACAAAAAACUAGCCUAUAUUUCCCUGGGCACUGCGAAACAACAUCUAUACCAGUGGUUCCUGUACUUUGGGACACAUUGGAAUUACCUGGGCAUCUCUUUAAAAUACUUCUGUGUAGCGCCUACUGCCAUACCUUUUGAUUUAUUUGGUAUCAUAUGAGCUUUGGCAUCACAGCUCUCCAAGAGGGCCUGAUGUGCAGCAAAGUUUGGGAACUACCAAGAUGUACACUUUUUUUCCUAGUGGAACUACCAGUAAUAGCCACAGUAUUCACAGUCCCAAAAUUCUUUUUAUUCUUUUCUGAUGCCAAAAACAGAAGCAGCAUUGUUAAGGGAAAAUCCUCAAGGCAAAGUGAAGCAAAUGAGCCCUCUCUAAAUCAUACAAAUAAGUCACAAUCAUAAUUUGUUGUAGCUUCAUGACAACUGUUCACCUGACCACUUAUUUGUAGCAUACAUGAACCCCAAAUUGGAGGCAACCAUGAUGUCAUGGAGUCUGCAUCAGAGUUGAAAUAAGAAGGCUUGCAUUCAAAUCCCAAUUCUUCUACUUACUAACAGAUGGGCAAUCCAUUUAAUCUUGCUGAAGUUCUCAUUUUUUUCUCCCUAAUAUGAGAAUAACCAGAUCUGUUUUGCAUGGAUGUAAAAUAUCUUUAUAAGCUAAUGUAUGUGAGGGUAAACUAUAAAGAAGUAUAUAAAGAUAUUAAAGAAUUAUCACUUGAAAGGAUUUUUUUAACCUUAGAGGUGACUUACUUUCUAGGUAAUAUUUUUCUGUAUUUUUUCAUUUCCUUAAAAAUGGAGAUCUGCAUACCGUUGAUAAUAAAUGCCCUUGAGCUUAACAUGUGUAGUAGAGGAAGUAUUAUUCCAUAUUUCUAAACUAUGUUUUAAUCUGGGUGGAAACUUAAGUUUUUGACUGAUACCUGGGUUCCAACACAUGUGUUGCCACUUAUGAGCAAAUUUGUGUCAACAGACAUGUUCUAAGUCUCAGGUUUGUUAUCUUUUUGUGUGCAGAAUAAUAUCUAUUUUUCAAGGCUAUUAUGGCCCUCAAAUGUAGUGCCCCUAAGCAUAGUAGCUAGAACAGAGCAUACAGAAAAUGCUAAUUCCUUUCUUCCUUCCAAGAAUAUCAUAAUCUUUUGAUAGUACAGAUGACUCUUGAACACCACAGGUGCUAGGGACCCUGCCAAUGCACAAUCAAAAAUUCACAUAGAACUUUUGACUCAAGAACAUAACUACUUAUAGCCUAUUGUUAACCGGAAGCCUUACUAAUAAGAUAUACAGUUGAUUAAUACGUAUUUUGUAUGUUAUAUGUAUCCUGUCCUCUAUUUUUACAAAAAAGCCAGAGAAAGGAAAAUGUUAUUAAGAAAAUCAUAAAGGAGACAAAAUAUAUUUACUAUUCACUAAGUGGAAGUGGAUCAUAAAGAUCUUCAUCUUCAUUGUCUUCACACUGAAUAAACUAAGGAGGAGAAAGCAGUGGGGUUGAUCUUGCUGUCAAGGGUGACAGAGGCGGAAGAAAUUCAAAUAUAAGUUUAUACCAUGAAUGGCACAAAGGAAAAGAAUGACAGUUACAAAGAUGAUCUUCUGCUUAGGAUGGGACUUAAUGAUAAUAAAGCAGGAAUGGAAGGAUUAGAUAAAGAGAAAAUUAACAAAAUUAUAAUGGAAGCCACAAAGGGGUCCAAAUUUUAUGGAAAUGAGCUCAAGAAAGAAAAGCAAGUCAACCAACGAAUUGAAAAUAUGAUGCAACAGAAAGCUCAAAUCACCAGCCAACAGCUAAGAAAAGCACAAUUACAGGUUGACCGAUUUGCAAUGGAAUUAGAAGAGAGCCGAAAUUUGAACAAUACCAUAGUGCACAUUGACAUGGAUGCUUUCUAUGCAGCUGUAGAAAUGAGGGACAAUCCAGAAUUGAGGGAUAAACCCAUUGCUGUAGGAUCAAUGAGUAUGCUGACUACUUCAAAUUACUGUGCAAGGAGGUUUGGUGUUCGUGCAGCUAUGCCAGGAUUUAUUGCUAAGAGACUCUGCCCACAACUUAUAAUAGUGCCCCCAAACUUUGACAAAUACCGAGCUGUGAGUAAAGAGGUUAAGGAAAUACUUGCUGAUUAUGAUCCCAAUUUUAUGGCCAUGAGUCUUGAUGAAGCCUACUUGAAUAUAACAAAGCACUUACAAGAAAGACAAAAUUGGCCUGAGGAUAAAAGAAGGUAUUUCAUCAAAAUGGGAAACUCUGUAGAAAAUGAUAAUCCAGGAAAGGAAGUUAAUAAACUGAGUGAGCAUGAACGAUCCAUCUCUCCGCUACUUUUUGAAGAGAGUCCUCCUGAUUUGCAGCCCCCAGGAGAUGAAGAACAAAACAAUCCUCAAAUACUCCAAAACUCAGUUGUUUUUGGAACAUCAGCCGAGGAAGUGGUAAAGGAAAUUCGUUUCAGAAUCAAGCAAAAAACAACACUGACAGCCAGUGCAGGCAUUGCCCCAAAUACAAUGUUAGCAAAAGUAUGCAGUGAUAAGAAUAAACCAAAUGGACAAUACCAAAUUCUCCCCGAUAGACAAGCUGUGAUGGACUUCAUCAAGGAUUUACCCAUUAGAAAGGUUUCUGGAAUAGGAAAAGUUACAGAAAAAAUGUUAAAGGCCCUUGGAAUUAUUACAUGCACAGAACUUUACCAACAGAGGGCAUUGCUUUCUCUCCUUUUCUCUGAAACAUCUUGGCAUUAUUUCCUUCAUAUCUCUUUGGGUCUAGGCUCAACACACCUGACAAGGGAUGGAGAGAGGAAGAGUAUGAGCGUUGAAAGGACUUUCAGUGAGAUAAAUAAAGCAGAAGAACAAUACAGCCUAUGCCAAGAACUUUGCAGUGAACUUGCUCAAGAUCUACAGAAAGAAGGACUUAAGGGUAGAACUGUUACCAUUAAGUUGAAGAAUGUGAAUUUUGAAGUAAAAACUCGUGCAUCUACAGUUUCAUCUGUUGUUUCUACUGCAGAAGAAAUAUUUGCCAUUGCUAAGGAGUUGCUAAAAACAGAAAUUGAUGCUGAUUUUCCACAUCCUUUAAGAUUAAGACUUAUGGGUGUUCGGAUAUCUAGUUUUCCCAGUGAAGAAGACAGGAAACACCAACAAAGGAGCAUUAUUGGCUUUUUACAGGCUGGAAACCAAACCCCAUCAGCCAAUGGGUGUAUACUAGAGAAAACUAACAAAGAUAAGUUUGCAAAACCUCUAGAAGUGUCUCCUAAGAAGAGUUUCUUUGAUAAAAAACGAUCAGAAAGGAAAUGGAGCCACCAGGAUACAUUUAAAUGUGAAACCAUGAAUGAACAAAGUUUACAGACAUCACAACUAUUCCCAGUUUUAAAGAAGAUGAAUGAGAAUUUGGAAAUAUCAGAGAAUUCAGAAAAUUGUCAGAUACUUACCUGUCCUGUUUGCUUUAGGGCACAAGGAUACAUCAGUCUGGAAGCCUUUAAUAAACAUGUAGAUGCAUGUCUUGAUGGACCUUCAAUCAGUGAAAACUCUAAAAUGUUCUCAUGUUCACAUGUUUCUGCAACCAAAGUUAACAAGAAAGAAAAUGUUUCUUCUUCUUCACUUUAUGAGAAGCAAGAUGAUGAAGCCCAUCCAAAAAAUAAAGAAAUAUCUUCAGUAGAUUGUGUAGAUUUAGUAGAUACUAUAGAUAACUCAUCUAAAGCAAAAAGCAUAGAUGCUUUAAGUAAUAAACAUAGCAAGGAAGAAUGUUCUAGUCUCCCAAGCAAGUCUUUUAAUAUUGAACACUGUCAUCAGAAUUCUUGUACUGUUUCAUUGGAAAAUGAAGAUGUUGGAUUAUUAAGUAGACAAGAAUCCUGCCAGCCUUAUUUAUGUAAAGUGGUAACAGGCCAAGCUCUAGUUUGUCCUGUUUGUAACGUAGAACAAAAGACUUCAGAUCUAACCCUGUUCAAUGUGCAUGUGGAUGUUUGCUUAAAUAAAAGUGUUAUCCAAGAACUAAGAAGGGAUAAAGUUAACCCAGUUAAUCAACCCAAAGAAAACUCCAGAAAUACUGGUAACUCAAGUGGAGUACAGAAGACUGUAACAAGAACAAAAAGGCCAGGAUUGAUGACAAAGUACUCAACAUCAAAGAAAAUAAAACCAAGCAAUCCCAAACUUACCCUUGAUACAUUUUUUAAGUAAACAUUGAACAUUUGAUCAUUAAUUUUUAAUUGAAACUUGUUAUUUUAUAAUCAAUGAAUUUGUUCUUCCUGAUUUUAAGUUUGCAGAUUUAUUUAGUAAAGGCAAGUGCAAUAAUCCUUCCUCAGAUGACAUUUGCUUUUCUAAGAAUUUGGAAUAUAUACGAAUUCUUUAUAUCUUUUUUAUAACCAUGAGAAUUUACUUCUGUUUUACAUCAGUUGGAAAUUAAUCCUAUUAAGAGAUCAUUUUUAAAAAGGAAAUUAGGAAUUAGAUCAGAAGGUGAUUUUUAAAAUUAUUUUUAUACUGAUUAGAAAAACAGAUUUGUAAGGGCUGUCAAAGAUUCAUGCAAACCUAUAUUAUCCUAAGGAUUUUUUUAGCACUUAACUACUUUGUUGGCAUUGAUCCUAGUAUCUUUAGCUACCUCAUGAGCAUUCAUAAUUAAAAUUUAUCUUAAGUUCUAUGAAGAGUAUUAACAUAACUAGCAUAAGUGAUUUUCUUACCUUCAGGAAAAUAAUAUCAUAGUAUUAUCUGUGUUAAAAUGGUUUUUGCUUAAAAUAUAAUUUUUAAUUUGGCUUUUCUUAUUUAAAAUUCUGUUAUGAAUAAACACUUGAAUCACUUUUUAAAAUAUUUAGGCCAAGAUGAUUCAAAGUAGUUUUAUUUUAAUACAGGACUUUUAAAUGACAGUAUUUCAUUUCCUGUCAGUUAUGUUGGUACUUUCUACAAAUCUAUAAAGAAGAAUGAAUUGUAUAGUCAUUUUAUUAUAGUCUUCAAGAGAAAAUGUGUAAUUCAAAAGAUUAAUGUAUAUUAAGACACAUUAAGUAUCUUAGUUACAUUACUAUCAACAUUUUUAUUAAUAGUUGUGAAAGAAGACAGCUUAAUAGUAGUUAGCUUAAGUAGUUUCUUAACAUACUUUUGUGCUAUCAAUGAAUUCUUCUCAAAAAAUAAUUAUUUAGACUGGCCACGGUGGCUCAUACCUGUAAUCCCAGCACUUUGGGAGGGGAAGGCGGGCAGAUUAUUUGACGGGUCAGGAGUUCCAGACUAGCCUGGCCAAUAUGGUAAGACCCCGUCUCUACUAAAA